AUGUCUACCUCGACUUCGACCGAUGUGCUCAUCGUUGGCGCUGGACCUGUUGGUCUUGUCUCUGCCAUAGUGCUCACCAAGAAUGGGCUCUCCGUCCGAAUCGUCGACAAGGAGAGCAAGUACGCCAUAGGUAUGCGUGGAGCAGGCAUACAUCCGCGCACGCUUGAGAGCUACCACAUUCUGGGUAUUGUCAGAGAUAUCCAGGCCGCGGGCUCCGAGUUCCAUCCUGUCCUCGAGCACGACCACGAAGGCAAGCCCGGAAAGACCUUCCACAUGGUGCCGAAGGGCGAGCCAACCCCGGACACUCCUUACGCAAGCACCUUGUGCGUUCCGCAGGACGCCCAUAGCGCAGCUCUUCGUAGCGUACUCCAAGGUCUAGGCGUCAAAAUCGAGCUCGGCAAGGAACUCGUCCGUCUGGAGCAAAACGACGCUGGGGUUACGGCCACGCUCAACGUGUCCGGGGAGGAAGAAGUCGUCAAUGCAAAGUAUCUUCUCGGAACUGAUGGCGCGAAGGGCGUCACUCGCAAGCUCGCGGGCAUAAACUUCUUAGGAGAGUCCAAACAGGAUAUCGGGAUGCUCAUUGGAGAUGUCGAGAUGUCUGGUCCCGACCGGAAAGUAUGGCAUAAGUUCCAGGACGCUCGUGGCAAUUGGUUGAUGGCGUACCCGCGCCACGACAGCGAGACUGUGUUUUUCGUUGCUUCAUUCGGACCGGACCUUGACAUCUCUCGCACCGCGAGCGACCACAACCUUCUCAAAGAAUGGGUGCACUCGUUGAGCAAGGAUUCUAGCAUCGAAGUUGGAAAGACCGUCGCUCUGGGAGAGUGGAGGCUCAAUGUGCGUAUGGCAGACGAUUUCCGAGCCGGACGCGUUCUCCUCGCGGGAGAUGCUGCGCACGUACACGCGCCUACGGCCGCCCAAGGUCUCAAUAGUGGAGUCAUGGACGCGAUGAACCUGUGCUGGAAGCUCGCGCUUGUGUGCUCAACUCGUGCACCCCAGAAGAUCCUGGACUCAUACAUGCUCGAACGUGGUCCCACCAUCGCGGACAUGCUCGCCUUCACUUCGAAGCUCGCCGCAGCGCAGUUCAACAAGGCCGGCGCAAAGGAUGAGUCGUUUCGGCGCCCGCCAUCCGUUCAACAGCUUGGCGUGCACUGCAGAUGGAGUUCGCUCGUUCUUGACGAAGUGCAUGGCCCUUGGGAUGAAACGGGGCGUGAUGGCGCGUAUGACGGUGACUCUAGCAAGACACGGGAGCUGCAUGCCGGCGACCGAGCGCCGGACGCCCCCGGACUUGUACGCCUCGGUAGCGACGGCAUCUCGACUCGACUCUUCGAUAUCUUCUCGGCGGUGCGACACACGAUACUCGUCUUCGACGAGAGCCUCGCGCGCACGAUUCACGCCCGCGAAGAUGCUAGGACGAUUGUGAUCUUACCUCGCGGCAAAGAUCUUGCCGAGGCUAGCAACUCCGAUGGGCUGGAGGUCUACCAGGACGUAGAGGGUUAUGCGCAUGCCGUAUAUGGGCCCAUGCCGAAGGUCGUCGCAGUUCGCCCCGAUGGCGUCGUUGGCGGUAUCGUCAAAGGGCUCAGUGGACUCACAGACUACUUCGCUCGACUAUAUGCGGCUUAG